AUGUCAGGUCCCCAAACUUACGACGUGAUCAUCGCUGGAGGCGGAACUGCAGGAUGCAUCGUCGCCGGCCGUUUGGCAGAUGCAGACCCGUCUUUGACCAUCCUUGUGGUCGAGGCAGGUCCGCCCACUCGCAACGACGUUCUCCACCUCCAACCGUGCAGAUAUUUGUACCAUCUCCGCCCGGAGAGCACGACCGUCAGGUUCCACACCAGCGCGAAGAGCGAUGCCUUGGGUGGUCGUGAGAUGGUCUUCCCGUGCGGACAGUGCAUCGGCGGCGGGUCAAGCGUCAACUUCGCGAUGUACACUCGUGCUGCUGCUGUAGACUACGACGAAUGGGCCAAAGUACAUGGCAACAGCGGCUGGAGCGCCGUAGAGCUUCUUCCUUUCCUCCGGAAGUGCGAGUCAUACGAGAUCGAAGCAGGCAAAGAGACUCAUGGGUACUCCGGGCCGCUGAAGGUUUCUUCUGGAGGGUUCUAUACCGAGGUCGGGAAGGAGUUUCUCGACGUCGCUGCGGAAUACGACAAGACGCGCGGGACGACUGACGACGUCAACGGGCUCUAUGAAUGCGACAAGUACGGGGUGACUCGUCCUGAUCCACCCGUUUGCAGAUGGAUCAGCGCCGAAACUGGAAAGCGCUCUGACAUCCCUCACCACUAUAUCUACAACGCGGAGCAUCCCAACAUCACCUUGCUCGAUGGAUUCCACGUCAAGCGCGUAAUUUUCGAGGGGACCAAAGCCGUCGGCAUUGAAUAUGUCCCCAACAAACGCUUCCGUGCCGACGUUCCCUUUGAGGUCACUACCGCCCGUGCGAAGCGUCUCGUGGUCGUCUCGGCAGGCGCUUUCGGAUCUCCUGGGAUUCUCGAGCGGUCGGGCGUCGGUCAGAAGAAUGUCCUCGAUCGUGUUGGCGUUGCGCAGGUGGUGGAUCUCCCGGGGUUGGGAGAGCAGUACCAAGAUCACCAGGUCAUUUUCGUACCGUACGUCGCGGCCCCGGAGAUCCACACCCUUGACGGGGUUGUGACUGGGGACAAACUGGAGAACGACAAGUGGAACAAGGAAUGGGAAGAACAUGGCACAGGGCUCAUCGCGCACAACGGCAUCGACUCGGGAGUAAAGUUGCGGCCGACGGAGAAGGAUCUGGCUGCAAUUGGCCCCGCCUUCCGCGAGCGUUGGGAAAGCUACUACGCCGCCUCCCCCGGGAAGCCGGUCAUCUGGUUCGGUAAUGCUGCGCUGCAAGUCCACUCCACCUACGAGCUAUACCUGGGCGACAUGAGCAAGUACGAAGGAGGCAAGAACUUCUGCGUCGCAUGGUACCUCCAACACCCCGCCUCCCUCGGCCGGCUGCACAUCACCUCCGCGUCCGACCCCAGCGCCCCGCUGGACUUCUACGGUGGCUUCCUCGACGACCCCGCGGACCUGGCACUCCACACGUGGGCCUACAAGCUCUCGCGCGAAUUCGCGCGCCGGAUGCCGUGCUACCGCGGCGAGCUCGUGGGCGCGCACCCCGUGUUUGCGCCCGCCGCCACGCCGCGCGCGCAGGCGCACGACGGCCCGGUCCCAAUGGACGCGCCGGACCUGGCGUACAGCGCGGAGGACGACAGGGCGGUGGAGGAGUGGGUGCGCGCGACGGUGAUGUCUGCCUGGCACUCGAUGGGGACGUGCGCGAUGAAGCCGCGCGGAAAGGGCGGGGUGGUGGACUCGCGGCUGAACGUGUACGGGACGGAGGGACUGAAGGUGGUGGACAUGUCGAUCUGCCCGAGCAACGUCGCAGCGAACACUUACUCGACUGCGAUCGUCAUCGGGGAGAAAGCGGCGGCAAUGAUCGCGGAGGAGCUGGGGAUUCCGUUUGUCUGA